AUGACUUUCUUUUUGUUCUUCCCUCUCUUUUUACUCCUUCCUUUUUUCUUUGAUUCGUUUUCUCAGGGAGCCACUCUUCACGAAGAUGAAGUGAAAGCUUUGAUAGACAUAGGUAAAACACUUGGGAAGAAAGAUUGGAACUUCAGUGUAGAUCCAUGUAGUGGAAGGAACAACUGGAUAUCGCCAACUCAACUACAAGGCUCUGAGAAUGCUGUUACCUGCAAUUGCACUUUUCAAAAUAACACUCUAUGCCAUGUCGUUAGCGUUGUUCUAAAAGCACAAAACCUUUCUGGUACUCUUCCACCUGAUCUUGUGAGGUUGCCUUUUCUCCAAGAAAUUGACCUAACCCUCAACUAUCUUAAUGGUACAAUUCCUAAAGAAUGGGCCACAUUAAGUCUUGUAAACAUUUCCUUCUAUGGAAAUCGUCUAUCUGGUCCAAUUCCAAAGGAGUUUGGAGACAUCACCACUCUCAAAAGCUUGGUAUUGGAAUUCAACCAACUAUCAGGAAAUCUUCCUCCAGAACUUGGGAGUCUUAGCCAGAUUGAAAGACUGCUUCUUUCCUCCAACAAUUUCACUGGAGUGUUACCUGCAACAUUUGCUAGGCUCACCGCAUUGAAGCAAUUUCGAAUUGGUGACAGUCAAUUCUCUGGAGCAAUACCCAACUUUAUACAGAGUUGGAAAAAUCUUGAGAUGCUCGUGAUCCGAGGGAGUGGUUUGAGCGGGCCAAUUCCUUCUGGAAUUUCACUUUUGAAAAAUCUCAGUGACUUGACUAUUACUGACUUGAAUGGAUCUGAUUCACCUUUUCCACAACUUGAAAAUAUGUCAAAGCUAUCAAAAUUAAUAUUGAGAAGUUGCAAUAUCAUUGGAGCAGUGCCUGAUUAUCUUGGAAAGUUAACUAAACUGAAAGCGAUAGACCUCAGCAACAACAAAUUAAGUGGACAAAUCCCCACGGGCUUCGGGGGUCUACAGAACAUGUACAUGCUAUUUUUAUCUGGGAAUCAGCUGUCUGGACUGCUGCCUGACUGGAUAGUUAAACCCGACUUUGUAGAUCUGUCGUAUAACAACUUCACUAUAGCAAACUUUGAGCAGCAAACUUGUCAACAAGGAAGUGUAAACUUGUUUGCGUCUUCUUUGACGGGAAACAGCUUAGGAAAUGUUUCAUGUUUGGAAAACUAUCAAUGUCCUAAAACUUGGUACUCUCUCUACAUAAACUGUGGUGGGAAGAGCAUAACAUAUGAUGGAAAUAAGACAUAUGAUGAUGAUUCAGCUGAGAUGGAAUCAGGAAGAUAUCGUCAAAUUGGAACAAACUGGGCACUUAUAACUGCUGGUCACUUUUUUGAUAGUGGACGGUCGGACUACUACAUAUGGUCUAAUGCAACAAAGCUUGCCGUCGACAAUGGUACUGAACUGUACAUGGAUGCACGUGUUUCUCCAAAUUCUCUUACUUAUUAUGCAUUCUGCAUUGGAAAUGGAAACUACACUGUGAAUCUCCAUUUUGCUGAAAUAAUGUUCAGUGAUGAUAAAACAUUUAGCAGCAUUGGAAGACGUGUAUUUGACAUCUACAUCCAGAGAAAUUUGGUGUUGAAGGAUUUCGAUAUUGCAAAAGAGGCAGGUGGUGUUGGCAAGGCAGUCAUUAAAACUUUUACUGCUGGUGUGACUAGAAAUGCAUUGGAGAUUCGCUUAGAUUGGGCUGGGAAAGGAACAACUACUAUCCCAUUUGGAUCAGUAUAUGGUCCUCUUAUAUCAGCUAUAUCAGUUGAUCCUGAUUUUACACCCCCGUCGGAAAAUAAUAAAAACAUGCCUGUAGGAGCUGUGGUUGCCAUUGUGGCUGCGGGAGCAAUUGUUAUCAUCUUUGUAAUUGGCAUAAUGUGGUGGAAGGGCUGUUUAACACAGAAAUGUUUAGGGGCAAGAGAGCAAAAGGGCCAUGCUUCACAAACUGGCUUAUACAGUUUACAGAAAAUCAAAGCAGCAACAAACAACUUUGAUGAAUCCUUUAAGAUUGGAGAAGGAGGAUUUGGUCCUGUUUACAAGGGUGUUCUACAAGAUAGCACAAUUGUAGCGAUUAAGCAGCUAUCUUCAAAAUCAACUCAAGGAUCUCGUGAAUUUAUUAAUGAGAUAGGCAUGAUUUCUACUUUACAACACCCUAAUCUUGUUAAGCUCUAUGGCUUCUGUAUGGAAGACGAUCAGUUGUUGUUGAUAUAUGAAUACAUGGAAAACAAUAGCCUUGCUCAUGCUUUAUUUGUCAAGAAAGAAGACAUAGAAAAUCGUCAAUUGAGAUUGGAAUGGAAAACUAGGAAGAGAAUUUGUAUUGGUAUUGCUAAAGGUUUAGCUUACCUGCAUGGAGAGACUAAAAUAAAGAUCAUUCAUAGGGACAUCAAGGCCACUAAUGUAUUGCUAGAUAAAGACCUCAACCCCAAAAUAUCUGAUUUUGGUUUGGCAAAGCUCAACGAAGAUGACAAAACCCACAUGAACACCAGAAUAGCUGGCACUUAUGGAUACAUGGCUCCUGAGUAUGCUAUGCAUGGUUAUUUGACGGAGAAAGUAGAUGUUUACAGUUUUGGAAUUGUUGUGUUGGAAAUUGUUAGCGGAACCAACAACACUGUUGGUCAUCCUCAGGAGGAAUGCUUCUCCCUUCUUGAUUGGGUGCACCUUUUGAAGGAAAAAGAUGAUCUAAUGGAGCUUGUUGAUAGGAGAUUGGGAGAAGACUUCAAGAAAGAGGAGGUAACGACGAUGAUCAAUGUGGCUCUUUUAUGCACUAGUUUUUCUCCGUCGCUCAGGCCCUCCAUGUCUUCGGUAGUAAGCAUGCUUGAAGGAAGAACAGAUGUUGAAGAAGUGGUUGCAGAAUCAACUGAGGUAUUGGAUGAUAAGAAAUAUAAGGUGAUGCAACAAUACUACAAACAGAGAGGAGAAAGUAGCACAAGUGAAGUUCAAAGCCGAAGCCGGAGCAUCGCAACAGAUGAAUCUAAUGCCUUUAUUUAUGAUACAGAUUCUUCAUGCUGGGAACCAAGAAAUUAG